AGUGCAGGAAGUGCUCAGCCCGAUAACCAGCUGAUAGACCAACAACCGAACAACCACCCGACAAACAACCGUGACUGGCUACAGCAGGUAAAUAUCACGAAUUGUGCAUCACACAGUCCGACUGCCGUCUUCAGAGGAAACAGAACGUGUCCAAUUCUUUGGAAGAUCUGAGUCCAAACUUGAGUUACUGCUUUCACAGACCCUACCAGGGAGGACGCCCACCCUUCCCACAUCAUGAGCACCCGCGGGACCGGCAGGGCCAAUGGGAACCUACCGCAGACCAAGAUAUGCCAGUUCAAGCUGGUGCUACUAGGAGACAUGGCCGUCGGCAAAUCCAGUCUAGUGCUGCGUUUUGUUAAGGGCCAGUUUGAUGAGUUUCAGGAGACCACCAUAGGAGCGGCGUUCCUGGCACAGUCUGUUUGUCUAGAUGACACUACAGUGAAGUUUGAAAUUUGGGACACGGCAGGACAGGAGCGCUAUCACAGCCUGGCCCCCAUGUACUACCGUGGAGCCCAAGCGGCCAUUGUAGUGUUUGACAUUACCAAGCCUGAAACCUUUGAGCGAGCAAAGGCUUGGGUUAAAGAGUUGCAGAGGCAGGCCAGUCCCAACAUUGUCAUUGCUCUCGCAGGAAACAAGGCAGAUUUAGCAGACAAGAGACUGGUGGAGUAUGAGGAAGCACAGACAUAUGCUGAAGACACAGGCUUGCUUUUCAUAGAAACCUCUGCCAAGACUGCAAUGAAUGUAAACGAUUUAUUCUUGGCCAUUGCGAAAAAGAUGCCAAAAACAGACACCCAAAACCCCACGCAUGCUGCUCGACACAGAGGAGUCAACCUACAGGACCCAGAUGCACAGUCCUCUCGAAGCUGCUGUGGGAACUAAAAGCCUCUCAACACUCCAUCACGGGAGACCACUGACACCUUCUUCCCAAAAUCCCAGCCUUCACACCCUUUCACCUCCCACAAUGGAUAUGGAAAGAAUGAGAGAGAGAGAAGAAUGACAGAAAGAAAUUGAGGAAAAACUCUCAUUAAUGCCACAAAGAGAUUUUUGAGAAGACUUCCGAUGGUUUGAGGGACAGGGCAGAACGCAAACCGACGUUGGACUCCGGAAGUAAAUGUGGAUUCUUUAUUUCUAAGUCAAGAAUAUUUUCAGCCCCUGUUCAUUUUAAUUAUGGAAGUACCAUGGUUAUGCAAAAAGAUAAAGGAUGGAGAAAGGGAUAAAAGAAACAAAAUGAACAAAAUAUUACAUCAUCUGAUCUUCCCGUUACUAAUCCUGGAAUGAGCUGAGAUGGUCCAUAAUGCCCCCACCAUUCUGUAACAUCCUGAAAGUCUUUAAGCAGAAUCUUCCCAAAUAUUAUAUGUAUCUGUAUGCUAGGCACUUCAACGCUCUAAUCCCAACUCUUAACACUGGAGGAAUAUCAGCACCUUAACCCUAAAUGAAUUGUACGGUGGAAAGAAUCUGUAACGCUUCAAAUGUGAGCAUUCAUGAAAGCCACAGUUACUAAAUUACAGAGGGAACACUUAGCCAGACGUAAGCUGAGCUGUUUUUAGCCUCCAGCUUUAUUUAUUAACUUUUUAAUGUUAACGUUUUAAUUGGUCUCCUUUGCCAAGCUUUUCAUCCAUCGAUCUGUUAAGUAUUAAAGAACAUAAUGUUCUUUUCAUCAAUGUCUUCCCGACCCCAACCACCUCCUUCCUCCCAACAACAUCCAUGUAAAGUUUAGUGUUGAAGUUCAGAACACAACAGCAAGCUUUACGAUGCCUUCUGUAUGUUUUUGUCGCUUUGUGUAAACUACUGUUUGAGAAAACAAUCACCAAAUCAUUUAUUACGUAUUGCGACGACAUGGUACGGAUUUGAACCCAUGUCGCUUAACACACGAGAGAAAGAAGGCAGAACAAGUCACGUUGAUUUGUCUGGAUGUGAAGGCCAUGCAAUACCAUUUAAAAGCAACAAAAUGAUUUAAGCACCCACAAAUCGAUUUAUCAGUCGACGCUGUGUGACAAGCUGGGAAAUUUUCCCAAGUCAAUCAGAAUGCCCCUUAAAAGUGGAAAAAACAGAAGUGCCUACUUCAUGUUCCUUGUUUUGGGCUUGUUCGAGGGGUGUCCGCGUUGGCAUACGGCCAAAAAAGUAGCGUUUUCAGAGACGUCGCCCCGAAACGUACAGGCAAUAACCUGUAUCAAUAAUUAAUUAGCUGGGUGUGUUAGUAAAUGGAAUCAUUUAUGAUGUUUCGUUUUAUGGAUGCUGUUUGUUGAUGUGUGUAAAAAUGAAUUUUAUUUAACAUUGAUUUUAGUCUGUAAUUAAAUGGGUUACAUUUAUAUGGUCAUUUAGGGAAUGAAUUAAGUAUCAUAAAAAGGUGUCUCACAGCAAAGUCAUUUGUCAUGUGUUUUCAGGUCCACCUUUUCUAUGGAAUAGAUCUGAUCUCCUGUUAACACCUCUGUGAACUGAAAUGUUAAAUAAAGCUGUGCUGUUCUGCUAUAAAUGAAA